AUGCUCCUCGCGCGGAUACAUAACAAUAAGAGCCUGUGCGGGAGUGCUGAGGGAGACGAUGGUGUGGAAGGUGACGCCAGCGAAGCGCCGAUCGUUUACGCGGAAUGCGGCACAGUCGAGAUUGUGCUGGAUGGGCAAUCUGCCGUCACGGCUGUUGAAGGUCGCUGCGCGCUAGUAGGUGGGACUUCAGUCGCAGGCGGUGAGAAGUUCUACGAGCGGGAAUGA